GUGCAAACACAAACCCUAGUGUCUGCUGCUCUCCAGCACACAAAAAGAUAAAAGAAAAUUAAUACUAAUAACACAGCACGCGAAAACAAAGAAAAACCCUAGCCCUAACAAACAACAGAGUAUAUUUGUAAAGAUCUCCCCAAUUGAUCUGAUCAGAAUUUGAGGUAAGUUCUCACAUAGCUCUCGAUUUCUCUCAAAUCCAUUUGGGGCUGUUCGUUGUUCAUCCAAAUCUCUCAACUCCAGAAACAUUGUGUGGAAAACCCUGAAGGAGAAAGCUGUCAAUUUUUCUGGGAAGAAUUUGUUUUAGAGAGAGUGUUCAGAAAUAAAGAAUCACUAUUGGGGUUUAUUUUUUAUUUGGGUGGGGGGCGCUUUUUAGGAGCAUGGAUGAUUUGGAGAAGGCUAUACUCAUAUUGUUCGAUGUAUCGGGUAGCAUAGAUGACGGAUUGAAAAAGAAGGCCAAGGAUUACUGCGAUGAAAUCAAGGAAAAGUCUUCGAUUUGUAGUAUUUGUUUAAAAAAAUUGUGCUUCUCAAGCAUAGUCGAGGUCCGAUUUUGGUGUUUACAGACUCUUCAAGACGUUAUUCGGAUCCGCUACGCGUCAAUGAGUCCUGAGGAGAAAUUUUUCGUUAGGAAAUCAGUAUUUUCGAUGGCGUGUUCAGAGCCUAUCGAUGAUGAGAAUGUUGCUGGGGUAAUAGAUGGUCCUGCAUAUAUAAAGAACAAGCUUGCUCAGGUUUUGGUUACUUUGAUUUAUUUUGAGUACCCGUUAAUUUGGUCCUCCAUCUUUACUGAUUUUUUGCCUCAUCUGAGCAAAGGGGCCGUUGUAAUCGAUAUGUUUUGUCGGGUUUUGAGUUCGUUAGAUGAUGAAUUGAUUAGUUUGGACUAUACGCGAACUUCUGAAGAGAUGGCAGCUGCGGGUCGAAUUAAGGAUGCAAUGAGGCAGCAGUGUGUGGCACAGAUAGUGAGAGCUUGGUACGACAUUGUCUCAUUGUAUAGAAAUUCUGAUUCGGAACUCUGUACUAGCGUAUUAGAGUCUAUGAGGAGAUAUAUUUCUUGGAUUGAUAUUGGUUUGAUUGCAAAUGAUGCGUUUAUCCCACUAUUGUUUGACUUAAUUUUGGUGUCGGAACAACUACGUGGUGCCGCAGCUGCGUGUCUGUUGGCUGUGGUUUAUAAGGGGAUGGAACCGCAAUCAAAACUGUCACUGUUGCAGAGUCUUCAAAUAAGUCGGGUUUUUGGGUUGGUAGCUGAAGAUGGGGAUUCGGAGUUCAUUUCGAGCAUAGCUGCAUUGCUUAGUGGGUAUGCAGCGGAAGUUCUAGAAUGUUUUAAACGGUUAAAUUCUGAGGAAGCAAAGGGUGUUUCAAUGGAGCUUUUGAAUGAAGUCCUGCCCUCUGUUUUCUAUGUGAUGCAGAACUGUGAGUUUGAUGCAACAUUUAGUAUAGUGCAAUUUCUCUCGUCUUAUGUUGGCACUAUGAAAAGCCUUUCUCCGUUGAGGGAGAAGCAGCUGCUUCAUGUUGGUCAGAUACUAGAGGUGAUCCGGACCCAUAUUCGCUACGAUCCUGCAUACCGCCACAAUCUUGAGAUAUUGGAUAAAAUUGGGAGGGAGGAGGAAGAUAGGGUGGCUGAGUUUAGGAAGGAUUUGCUUGUGCUGCUUCGCAGUGUGAGUCGCGUGGCUCCUGAUGUCACUCAGAUAUUUAUCAGAAACUCAUUAGCUGGUGCUGUUGCAUCUUCACCUGACAGGAAUGUUGAAGAGGUGGAAGCUGCACUCUAUCUUUUCUAUGCUCUGGGAGAGUCAAUAAGUGAUGAGUCAAUCCGAACUGGAAGUGGGCUUUUGAGUGAGUUGGUGCCAAUGCUUUUAUCUACAAGGUUUCCUUGCCAUUCUCAUAGGCUCGUUGCACUUGUGUAUCUUGAGACAGUAACAAGGUUUAUGAAGUUUAUUCAGGAAAACACCCAAUAUAUUCCUAUGGUUAUGGCUGCCUUUCUUGAUGAAAGAGGUAUACAUCAUCCAAACAUCAAUGUGAGCCGAAGGGCAAGUUAUUUGUUCAUGAGGGUUGUAAAAUUGCUGAAAGUGAAGCUCGUGCCUUUUAUAGAAACUAUUUUGCAGAGCCUCCAAGAUACAGUUGCUCGAUUUACGAGUAUGGAAUAUGCAGCAAAAGAUCUUCCGGCAUCUGAAGAUGGCAGUCACAUUUUCGAGGCAAUUGGUUUAUUGAUUGGGAUGGAAGAUGUACCGCUGGAAAAGCAAUCUGAUUAUCUCUCUGCAUUGCUCACUCCCCUUUGUCAACAGGUUGAUACAUUGGUCAAGCAUGCAAAGUUAUCAUCUUCCGAAGAGGCUCCUGCAAAAGCUGGUAUUAUCCAGCAAAUAAUCAUGGCAAUUAACUCUCUCAGCAAGGGCUUCAGUGAGCGUCUUGUAACUGCUAGUCGCCCAGCAAUUGGUCUCAUGUUCAAGCAGACGCUAGAUGUUCUCCUCCAAGUUCUUGUUGUAUUUCCAAAGGUGGAGCCUUUGCGGAGUAAGGUCACGUCUUUUUUACACCGCAUGGUGGAGACUUUAGGUGCGUCUGUAUUCCCGUACCUCCCAAAGGCAUUGGAGCAAUUACUUGUGGAAAGUGAGCCAAAGGAGAUGACCAGUUUUCUUUUGUUACUCAAUCAACUUAUAUGCAAAUUCAACACAUUGUUCCGUGACAUAUUGGAAGAAGUAUUUCCUGCUAUUGCUGGUAGGAUAUUUAAUGUUAUCCAAACAGAUGCAUUUCCUUCAGGACCUGGAACCAAUACCGAGGAAGUCCGUGAAUUGCAAGAUCUUCAAAGAACAUUGUACACAUUUCUGCACGUGAUAGCUACACAUAAUCUUUCUUACGUUUUUCUUUCCCCCAAGAGUAGGGGCUACUUGGAUCCAAUGAUGCAGCUGCUAUUGUACACGUCUUGUAAUCAUAGUGAUAUUCUUGUAAGAAAGGCUUGUGUUCAGAUAUUUAUUACAUUAAUCAAAGACUGGUGUAGCAGGCCUUCUGGUGAAGAAAAGGUACCUGGUUUCCAAAAAUUUGUAAUUGAGGCCUUUGCAACAAAUUGUUGUUUGUAUAGCCUGCUUGACAAAUCCUUUGAGUUUCGGGAUGCAAAUACUCUUGUUUUGUUUGGAGAAAUCGUGCUUGCUCAGAAGGUCAUGUAUGAGAAAUUUGGAGACGAGUUUCUCAUCCAUUUUGUAUCAAAAGCUUUUGCAGCUGCACAUUGCCCUCAAGAUUUGGCAGCGCAAUACUGUCAGAAGUUGCAGGGUAGUGAUAUCAAGGCAUUGAAAUCAUUCUACCAGUCACUCAUUGAAAGAUUAAGAAUGCAACAGAAUGGAAGCGUUGUUUUCAGAUAGCGUUUUCCCAGUAGAUGAGUGAUGGAGUAUUUCCUAGAUUCAUGCUUUUCUUUGCUACUGAGUUGUGGCAAUGCAUUUUUGUUCGGCAGAGGUUCUCUGUACAUAACUUUUGUGCGGUAAUUUUGGAUGAGGUAUAUAUUUACUCGAUACUAAAUCUGGAUAAAUUCUCUACAAGCUUGAAUUACUACUAGAGAGGCGGCUCAAUUUCUUUUUGAUCUUCGUCCACAGUCGUAAAUUUCCGGAAGAAAAUUUUCUGAAUUUUUAAGCACGGUGACAUCCAUCAAUCUGGAGCUGCUUGACCCGAGAUCAAGCCUUUCUGUGCUCUUUUCACAUCCUUGUUAUUGGGUUUCUUGUUCGGUAAUCACAUUUUUUGUUUUUUUGGAAAUAUUCAGACAUUUCAACCUAUAGAUUCAUCGCGUUUUGAUGCUUGGUUUGUAGUUGUAUGUACAUUGUUUUAUACCUUUGAAGAAAAAAGGCUGUAUAAUCAGCCCACCCUUUUUUGACAA